GUUGCCGCUUAUAAUCGCGAGCGCAGGCGAAGCCAGAGGCUGCUUUUCAUGCGAGCGGGGAGGGCGCUCGGGAGGAGGGGCAGCAGCAGCAGCAGCCGCGUCAGGCGCCGGGGAAGAAGGCGAGCAGCAGCAGCAGCAGCCGGAGCCUCGUCGUCGUUGCCCUCGCACCCCCCAGCAGCAGCAUGGCCGUGGCGGUGGGGAGACCCUCGAACGAUGACCUCCGAAACCUGUCCCUGUCGGGCCACGUCGGUUUUGACAGCCUCCCUGAUCAGCUGGUCAACAAGUCAACCUCGCAGGGUUUCUGCUUCAACAUCCUUUGUGUCGGGGAAACUGGCAUUGGCAAAUCGACGCUCAUGGACACCCUGUUCAACACAAAGUUUGAAAGCGACCCGGCCACUCACAACGAGCCUGGCGUGCGGUUGAAAGCGAGGAGUUACGAACUUCAGGAGAGCAACGUCCGCCUGAAGCUGACGAUCGUUGACACGGUGGGAUUUGGAGACCAGAUCAACAAAGAUGACAGCUACAAGCCCAUUGUGGAAUACAUAGAUGCCCAGUUUGAAGCCUACCUGCAGGAGGAGCUGAAGAUAAAACGCUCCCUCUUUAAUUACCACGACACCAGGAUUCACGCUUGCUUAUAUUUCAUCGCACCUACCGGCCACUCGCUGAAAUCUCUUGAUCUGGUCACCAUGAAGAAGCUCGAUAGUAAGGUGAACAUCAUCCCCAUAAUCGCCAAAGCUGACACCAUUGCAAAAAACGAGUUGCAUAAGUUCAAAAGCAAAAUCAUGAGCGAGUUGGUCAGCAACGGAGUCCAGAUCUAUCAGUUCCCGACGGACGAAGAGACAGUGGCCGAGAUUAAUGCCACAAUGAGUGUCCACCUCCCGUUUGCUGUGGUUGGCAGCACCGAAGAAGUGAAAAUUGGCAAUAAGAUGUCCAAGGCCAGGCAAUACCCAUGGGGAGUCGUGCAAGUUGAAAAUGAAAACCACUGUGACUUUGUGAAGCUGCGUGAAAUGCUCAUAAGAGUGAACAUGGAGGACUUGAGGGAACAGACUCACAGCCGACAUUACGAGCUCUAUCGCCGCUGCAAGCUGGAAGAGAUGGGGUUCAAAGACACAGACCCUGACAGCAAACCAUUCAGUCUGCAAGAGACCUACGAAGCCAAGAGGAAUGAGUUCCUGGGUGAGCUCCAGAAAAAGGAGGAAGAAAUGAGGCAAAUGUUCGUCAUGCGGGUAAAGGAAAAAGAAGCCGAGUUGAAAGAAGCAGAAAAGGAUCUUCACGAGAAGUUUGACCACCUAAAGCGGACUCACCAGGAAGAGAAGAAGAAAGUGGACGACAAGAAGAAGGAGCUCGAGGAGGAGCUGGGCAACUUCCAGAAGAAGAAAGCGGCAGCCCAGCUGCUACAGUCACAAGGGCAACAGGCUGGCUCUCAACAAACCAAGAAAGACAAGGACAAGAAAAAUUCAAGCUUCACAUAAAGCCUGCCAAGUCAAAGGAUGUUCCUGCAUUCACCUGCUUUUGCAGUAAUGAGUUUCAGCCAUCUUUGUUUCUCUCUCUCUCUCUCUCCCCUUUUAAACACAAAUCCUUGCUAUAUUAAUAAUACUGUGGUGGGUGGGUGUUGGAGCAAGGGCUACCUGGCCUUGGGCUUUAUUGGGGAUAUUCCUUCUUCCUCUGAAGAACAGAAAUUGUAAAAUUGAUUGGAAUGGGAGCUGGAACUACAGGUGAAACUCAGAAAAUUAGAAUAUCGUCGAAAAGUGCAUUUAUUUCAGUAAUGCAACUUAUUAUUAUUUUUUUAUUAUUUUUACAAAUGCUUUCUUUUGGAAAUUCCACAAUAAUAAAACAAAUAGUUACAAUAAUACAAAAAUAAACAUCGCUAUUACAUUUCAUUAAUUGCAUUCCAUUUAUAGUUGACCCGCCUAACGACAAAUAAUUAUAAUUACAACAACAAAAAAGGCUUGACAGAUCUUGCUUUGCAUGUCAUGCAUCUAUCUCAUAUAUUGCUUUCACCUUUUAAGUUGCAUUACUGAAAUAAAUGCACUUUUCGACCAUAUUCUAAUUUUCCAAGUUUCACCUGUAGAUUGUAACAAUUUUAAACUUGGGUCUUGUUCAUUGCACUUGCAUCCACCUUUUGGCCAUGGUCCUCUUGAAAUCCUAUCGAGGUGUCUGAAACUUGGGUUGCUUUCAUACAACGGGCUUAUGCAUCUUCUUUUUCCAUUUUGAAUGGCAAACUCCUACUCACCCCCCCCCCCCCGCACCAGUGCACCUCUUAGCGAGGACACCAUCCAGCCACCAUAAAACCCUUUAAAGUCCAUGGGUUUGUUUUAUGGAAGGUUUAAGUACAUGUUUACAUUUUCCUCCCAUUGAAGUCAAUGGGACUUUUGUGAGUCUCAGGGCCGUGCCUUGAUUUUCCUUCAGAAGAAGAUUUAGUACAAAGGGGAUACUAUUUAGGGUUUAAAGAAGAAGACGACAGAAUUAAAGUCCCACUACACAUGCAAAUUGCUGUGUGGUCAACUGCACCGGGGCUAUGAUAUUUCGAAAAACUGCAUCACUUGUCAGAGCAGAGGAGGAUUAUAGCCAUGCUCAGGAAUUUUGGCUAUGUAUAGCACAUUCCAUUUGUACUGAACUGGCUCACUAUGGUCACCUUUUCACACAAACCCUCCCCAACCCCCAGUUGCAACCCAUUUCUCCAACUAGCAAAGCCAGUCCAGGACUGAACAAGGUGAUGGGAUGGUGGGAGUUGUAGUCCAAAAACAGCCGAAACACUGUCUUAGAACAGUAGCCUCAGGAGUCCUGUGGGACCACCUCUGAAGCAAACUGUUGAUAUAGAGUAGGGCCCCGCUUGCCCUUUGCAUUUAAAACAUUCCAUUUAAAACAGCCAUGGCUUCUCCUCCAGAGAAUCCUGGGAAGUGGAGUUUGUUAAGGGUGACGAGGCACAGAGCUACAAUUCCCAGAGUUCCCUGGGAAGAACAAUUGAUUAUUAAACCACUCUAGGAAUUGUAGGUCUGCGAGGGGAAUUGCGACCUCCUAACAACUCUGAGCAAUUUUAAACUACCAUUCCCAGAAUUAUUGGGGGGGGGCCAUGGCUGUUUAAAGUGGUAUGACACUGCUUUAAAUGUUGAAUGCAGAUGGGUCCUAAGGCUCUUUCAUCCUGACACAAAAGUGGUCUAAAUCCACCGGUCCCACUCCGUCUAAGACUUCUUCUGGAAAUAGCUUGCAACUUCUCGGAAGAAGCCCCAGGCUCAGGAUUUGUGACAUGUCUCUUACUGACCUUGCAUGACUUCGCACAUGCAUGAUGCCUUUUGUAACUUAUUGGAUGCUUUUCGCUUUUGGCGUGUCCUUUUUAACAGGCUCCCCCAGUAAGUUUUGACCUUGCUUUUAACCAAACCUCGCAGCAAACAUGAUAUAACUAACAAAGGCAGCUCAUGUCCAAACCAGAGCUGCACAUUAUUAUUUUUAAUUGAUGGAGGAUAGCCUGCUACAAAUGUCUGGACACAGAGGAGCCACAAGGGCAUCAGCUAGCACAGGGGAAACAUCCCUGGAAUGUUAGUAAUCUUUACAGCAUCAAGGAUUUACUGAAAGAAUUAGUGAUCUGUUUUAUUCUGAAAUGAGGGAAUUAAACCUACUCCCUUAGGGCUCAGUCUUAUGGGUGAUGGGCGUUGUUCUUGUCAUCUGAUUUUAAAUGAAUAGGACUAUCUUCCUAAAUUUGUGUAAGUAUAUGAGCUCAAUGUAAAAGAUUCAUCUUUCAUUUCUCAGUUCUUAGAAAUGAAUAGCAGUUCCAAAUAGCUUGCGGGCCUUACAAUCACUGUGCUACCACAUGAUCUCUUCUGUUUUUAACAUUGUUGAAUUGUGGUGUAGAUGCAGCCAGUGCUUUUUUUCCUAAAAGAGGGCCUUCUCGGUGGUGGCGCCUGCCCUGUGGAAUGUCCUCCCAACAGAUGUCAAAGAGGAAAACAACUACCAGACUUUUAGAAGACAUCUGAAGGCAGCCCUGUUCAGGGAGGCUUUUAAUGUUUAAUAGAUCACUGUGUUUUAUUUUUCUGUUGGAAGCCGCCCAGAGUGGCUGGGGCUGAGCGAGCAAAAGCAUUGCCAGACUACAGUCAUAGGCACCUGCACAAUUGUAGAUGUGCACCCAAAUCUGCUUUGCUUUGUUUCUGAGCGUGCACCCAAAGUUUUAAAUAGUGGUGUUGAAAAAUAGGUGUUUGGGAGCAGACGCAUGCUCAUCAGAGUGCCAGGAAUGGGUGCAUGAGUGUGCUUGUUAAUGGCUAGCAGGAUUUACACAACAAAAACUGGCAAGUAGGUAGAGAGUAAGAGUAUUGUGGGAAUGUGAGGGUUUUGGAACGUACAGAGCCUAGAGCAGCCUUCACCAACCUUCAGGUGUUUUCGACUACCUCUCCCAUAAGAGCCCAGCCAGAACAUGAUGGGGGCUGGUGGGAGUUGUAGACAUUUCGGCGGAGGUGGGAGACAUGUUUGUCAAAGGCUGGGCCCACAGGAGAGAGAAAUGGCCACAGCACCCUGACUUUCUGCAGAGCGAAUAUGCCGCAUGUAUUUUUUAAAACAGGUUUCAGUAACACCUUGCCUGCAACCAAUGUACUGUCCAUCCAAGGUUGAGCCAAGCAGGGAUAGAAGGGAUACAGAGCCUUUGAAUUCCAGUGACUUUCAGAUCAGUUUAUAUCUCAUUAACGUCACAACUUUAUGGAGCUGGUCUAACCACCACGGCUUCCCAGGGAACUGUGGAAGGCAUAGCUUGUGGUCUCGGCACCUUUGUUUAAAAACAGCAUUUGACAGGUUUCUUGAGCAGAAUGUGAAGCCGUGUGGCAGCCAAGCGAGUUUCUAAACUUGCUCGGACUCAGUGUAGAGCUGUGAGGGAAGACAAGCCUUCUCCUGUCCAGAUUACUUUUACUGUUUUCACUUUGAAAUUGUAUGUGCCAGCCAAGGCAAAUAUUGGAAUGAAAUCUCACCCCGUAGCCAACCUCCUCUUCCUCCUUCGCUCUCACUUUAACUUGUUGUGAAGCUGACUCUGAAGUAUUUAACUGUUUGUAUUUUUCUGUGCUGGACAGAACAUUUUCCUUUCUGACACUUUCCAAGAGAUGGCGAGUCCUGUUUACCUUCUGCUUCCCUCUACUGCUGACGUGCAGCCAAUUUCCCCUCUGCUUCCAGCUAGGUAGUCUCCUGUUUCUUACCUUUAAAAAAGCACUCUUUGAAAUUACGCUCCUCACCAAAGUCACUACCCUCCCUUCGCUUUCCAACUUUGCUUGCUUCUCUGCCAAACCACCAAGGUGUCUUUUUUUCUUCUUCCUCUUCCCUUGCUCUUAAGCAGCAAAAAGGCUAAUCUGUUUGCUAAGAACAUAGUUCUUAGCAAAUGCCAGAAGGCUGGUUCACACAUCACACUAAACACAGGUUCAAGCUGCCUCUGCGGGUGAACAAGUCUUUGUGUGGCAGGGUGUAAACGUGUCGAUUUGUGGAGCCCAGAGGUGCAAACGGACUGGUUGAAACUUUACAUCAACUGUUCACGUGUCCCAUCUCAGCUGUCUGCAUGCACAGGUUGUGCCUUUGUGGAAUAUGAUGUGUGAACACCCUUAGCAGGAUGGCUGAAAACCUGCCCAAAGGGAGGCAGACCAGCAAAAGAUAGGACCAGUUUUGUGCUUUGCUGUAAUGCAGCCGUUGCCAACCUGGUGCCCUUCCGAUGCUUCAGAACAUGUAAUCCGAAGCAUCUGGUGGGCUCUAGGUUGGCUAAAGCUGCUUCAGUGGCGGCCGAAAGAAGGGCUCGCCAGCUAAGCAAGCUGGAUGAAAAGCAGCAAUCCGAGCGACUGCUUCUCUCUUGGCCUUGAACAGAAGGAGCCAGUUUCCUAACCAUGCAGUACAGCAGCUUCGUUGUGCGACUAUAUGUUCAAGUUUCCCGAAGCUUGAAUGCUUUGUGUGCUGUGUUUGCACCAGCCAUGUCUGUGUGUGUCCUUAUUCCUAAUCGGCUUUUGUGCCUGCUCAAUUUGUUUAAAGUAUUUCAUUUGUUCCUCCUGCUUAGUUUAAGAGAACCCCGCUGAGAAAUAAGGUGUUUUCCAUCUAUUGCAACCUACCAAGCAGUAAAGAGAACUUGACCAGAAGUUUCUCCAGAGAAAUCAGAACAGGAGGGUAAUAGAAUUCUCUUCCCAGCUUGGUGAGGAGGCCGUACAGGCACGUGACUUACCAGGCGCUUGACAGCCUUGCAGAUAAGCCAGCCUGCCCAUGCAUGUCAGUGCCAGCCCUUGCGGCACCUAGGCCACCUCCUGUGCCCCCCCCCCGCCGCCGCCGCAAGCCCCGUUCAGUUUUCAAAAGCCUCCUUAUCUGAUCACCUAGAAGCAGGACUUAGUCACCACAGGUGAGUAGGCAAGUGGCUAAUGUGCCAGGUUAGAAGACAGAUAGUAGCCCACAAUAUGCGUCCUUGCUAAAGCAAGCAUUUUGUCUUGUCAAUUUCCAGCAGUCAGUAUAGCUCAGGGAUCAGCAAACAUUUUCAGCAGGGGUCUGGUCCACUGUCCCUCAGACCUUGUGGGGGGCCAGACUAUUUUUUUUGGGGGGGGUGAACGAAUUCCUAUGCCCCACAAAUAACCCAGAGAUGCAUUUUAAAUAAAAGCACACAUUCUACUCAUGUAAAAACACGCCCGAUUCCUGGACCAUCUGCAGGCCGGAUUUAGAAGGCCAUUGGGUCAGAUCUUGCCCCCGGGCCUUAGUUUGCCUACCUAUGGUAUAGCUCCAUUCAGAUACUUAGCAGACGAGUAACGCAGUUUGAGUGGUUGGAGGAACAGGUAAAAGUUAUCCCCAGCCUCUGUGCCAUGGGUGGGCUCUUCUUUCAGCCUGAGGGCCGCUUGUGCUGAUGCACAGCCUUCCAAGGGCCACGUUCUGAUGUGUUUGAUGGGAUCAGAGGCAAGCUAGUUUCUGCCUGUUUCACCCCUCUCUGUCCCCAUCCAGAGACAUUAUCAGUUUGAAAGCACAUCACACCCAGAUCAAAACACUUGAAAUAUAAAGCAAGGGCCAGUGGGGUGUGUGUGGCCAGAGGAGAGUUCCAGGGGCCACAUGGUGAGGCCUGGAGGGCCACAUUUGGCCCCUGGCUCUGCUAUUUCUCAACCCCUGCCCUAAAACAACAUGCAGUGUGGUCACUCUUUGUGGAAUCCUGACUCCACAAAAGUGUUCCCGCCCCGUAAAAAAAGUGAGGAGAGAUUGCAGAAAUGGGCCCUUUGCAUGUGCGUCAGGCAUUCUGCCAUGUUUGGUGUGUGAGAGGAAGCCACAACUACUCUGUCCCACAAAAUGCAUAGCCAACCUGGGAAACAUCUAACCCAGGCCUAUAUCUUAUGAGAGGGGCCCCACACGGUCACCGAUGGAGACAUUGGAAGAAGGGCUUCAAUUUGAGAAUGUCGCACGCUGGCCAUUACUACAUGGGAUCUUGCCCCUAGGAAAAGUAUUCCUCAUGGACACACUUAAAUUGCCUUCGCAACGAUUUCGCCACCUUUAAAAGCGAAUAUGGGAAUUGGACCUUAAUUAUUAGUAAUCAGAAAGUCUCUUGGGCUGAUUUAGUGACGUUUGGAAGCAUUUGCUUCUUGGUAAACAGGCAGAAGGUUUUUGGAGACCCCCACAAAUGAUUAGUCUAGAAAAGAGGUGACGACUAGGACACAGGCUUUCCCCUUCUUCUUCUUUUGAAAGAUGAGAACUUCUUGAAAGCCCCAGAAGACCAAAGACUCACUGUUGGACUUUAUUAGAUACCUUCGCUGACGUCUGUAAAUUCACCACUCAGUUUUAGUCUGACGUUCACCUCUCUCCUUUGUUAAAGCUUAAGUCAGUAAAGUUUAAGUCAAUAAAGAUUCUGUUGUCAACCCCUGUGCAAAAAGCAACUGUAAUUAAUAAAAUUGCCGGUUGAACAGCUGUAUUGAUCAAGAAAUAAACCCCCAACCCCAACCCCCCAGUCAUCAGAAAAUCAGUCCAGUUUAGCUUUGCAUUUACUAAUAUGGGUUGAGAUUUGCAUUGUCUGGAACAUCCCUGAGGGCCAGUGGGUUUAGACCCAGCAUAUGUUUAUGGCUAUCCUUGCAGUGCCUGGUUGCUAGGACGACAAAAAGAAGGACCAAGUUCAGGCACCCAGCCCCUGGAGAUUCUGCUAUUUGCAGCCCAGGUUUAGAUGUCUCCAUAGAUCUCCUGUUGCAAACCCCUUUGCCAAAUGUAUUCUGGCUUUUGCCCUCCUUUCUUCUUUAAACUCUGCGGGUUUCUUUCUUUCCUUCCUAGCCCACUAAUCCAGAGGAUGAAAUUCAUUCUUGGGGGAGGGGGGGAUUUAAUAAUUUCUUUCUUUCCCUUAUUGCUCUGAUCUCCCUCCCCAUCAGAAACCCCUAUAACGUAAAGUUAUUUGUUGACUCUUUUAACCCCCUUUUCGAAACCCACCUUUUAAACGUUUCAAAACCUGGCGUCUUUAUGGCACCUUUAGAGUGGACUGCAGUCCACCCUCUUGUCACUUGAUUGCUCAUAAGUAGGUGCACCGGAGUUUUAAUGCGCGUGCGGUUGAAAGCACCUCGGGGUAUAGGGCGGCAUAUAAAUUCAAUUCAUAAUAAUGAUAUAAUAAUAAGCAGCUCAGUACAGAUAAGCAGCAGCCACACUCAGGUGCAAAUCCCAGCAUAUAUUUGGACACCAGAUUUGCCUGCUCCCGAUCCAGCAAGAGAUGCAUGCAUGGAAGCUGGCUUACCUGCAUGGGUCCCCUUAGCUCAGAACGGUGAAGCACCUAUGGCCUUUUGGAUAUUGCUGGUCUCCCAACAGUCCCAACCACCACGGCCGGUGCUUAAAGAAGAUGGCAGUUGUCGUCCUACAACAUUUGGAGGGCCACGGGUUCCCCGGACGACUACUUCAGGCAGCUAAUUAACUGCCAGAGAGCCAGGACCUUGCCCUCCUUUAGCCACUCCCCUGACCACGUUUAGCUUGCUAAAUAUUGCACUUGCUUCUCCUUUCUGUAUCUAUGCCUUUCUUCACAGCAGUCCUUGGCUCUGCACGGAAUAAUGUCUCUCCUCAAAAGCUUUUGGGAUGUGCUUUCUCCUUUGCAUGUAAGUAUAGCUGCACAAGACCAUUCUGCCCACCUUUAGGAACUACCCGAAAGGGCUUUUUUCUUUUUCUUUUCUUGCAAACGGGUGUGCUCAUGAUCUGGCAGGGGUGCGGAGAUGUUCCAAUAUUACUUUGGCUAAAUUGCAACUCGGUAGUACAGUCAGAAGGGGGCGAACCAGCAGGUGGGCAAACACAGUGACUCCAGUCCAGCAACAGUUGGUAGAACUUGGCUUUUCCUUUUGAUCAGUGGCGCAGUUUAGUCACAAAUAAUGUUCAAAGGGUAUUUAAUGGCUUUGCUGCUGCUGGAGCCUGUGCAUGUGGAACCAGAAAUUAUAUUCAGUUCAGUUGAAGUUACUUCCAAGUAAGGGUGCUGUACUGUACAUAUUGAUUGCAGAGCGGUCUUCUAAGUAAAGACGCUUAGGAUUGUUCCGUUGAUCUGAUAUCCAGGAAGUUUCAUUGAGAGAUCAUGCUGCCAAGUAAAAAUGUUUCAUAUCCAAGUCGUGAACGUUUAGUUCACUUUCAGCAGUGGUGGUUAUCCAGGAAUGAGUUACUCCUCCCCCGUGAUUUGGAGGUAGGGCUAUGCAAUUUGUUGUUGUUUGUUUGUUUUGUUUUUUGGCCUGGCCCUUCACUGACAGGAGCCUCCCCCAACUCCAGCCCUGUUUGCUUCAAACAACAGCGCUUUCGUGGUGCUCCCAUUUUUAUCUUUUGUGCUAGGGAAAAAAAGCCCACUUCACCAUUUUGUGUGAUCUCCCAGCUUAACCACCCUAAAUACCCAGGUUUUACUGGUAGUCCUAGAAAAAAACACAGCUUAGAGACACAAGCUCCAUUUUUUUUAAUAUGCAUGUUUAUUUUCUAUUUUAUAUGUGUUUUAAUAUAUGGAACUGCUGCCCAUUCCUGCAUUGCAGGGGGUUGGAAUAGAUUAUCCUAGGGGCUCCCCCCGACUCUGCAGUUCUGUGAUUCUAUGAAUACCUGCCAUGAGACAGCAGAGUCCCCCCCCCCAAUAACUUCCUGGAGUCAGCUGGCCAUCCACUUAGCUUAGUAUUCUGUCACUCAAACCCAUAAGUAGAGAAAUGAUGACUGGCCCUUGGGUAAAUCCUCACUCUUGUAUUUGGCCAGCUCCGGUAGUGUUUAGUCAGGAAGGUCAAGUGAUUGAGAAGUUUACCAUUCACUUCUUUUAUUUUUAUUUUUGAAGAAGUGCUUGCUAUAAAAAGGAGCAGGAAAACAAGACCCAAACUUUUUUCUAAUCUGGUUGUUUUUUUGUUUUGCUUUUUUGCUGAACACAAGAAAUGUCCACGGUGUCUUAUUCCAAGUGCCAAAGGCUGUAACAGCUGCAGCUGUAUAUAUUUUUGCACUUGAAUAAAAACCGUACCCCUUUGCUGUGCCCUGGGAGGGUUGGUGUUGGUGUUGGGGGGGGGAGGGUGGUUUUGUUUCUUACAAAAAUGUUUGGUGCAAUGGCUUCACGUUGCUUCAAAGUAAGACCAGCCUUGGUCUGCAUCCCUGGAAGGUGUGAUGGAUAUUAAUACAGAGUGGUAUUUUGGAAAUCGCUCAGCGCUGGCCUGCCCACUUCUGUCGCUUGAACUUGAACUUGCUUGCUUCUUUCCCAUGUGUAAUUUCAUAUUCUAAGCACCAUACAAUGGCUGCUUCCUGGAGAGUUGAUUGGUUUUACCCACCAUAACCAUAACCACACACACACACACACACACACACACACACACACACACACUUAGGGUUGAUGGAGUUAGUUGAGAUUCAAUAAGGCUAGAGCUUUGCUAUUGCCAGUCACAACCAGGGCCGUCUUAAGCAUAUCCGGUGCCGUGGUGCAAAGAUGCCUCCGGCACCACCGCCCUUUCCCAGAGUUGUCGCCUUUUUUUUUAGGGCUGGAGGAGGCAGGCAGUGGCUGGAGGGCGGCUCCUCCGGCAGGGAAGAGGCGGAGGCUAGACGUGGCACCUCGCGGCUCAGCUGGCCGCUUCAUGCUGCGGUGGCCAUGGCAGGCAGCACACUGAGCGAGUGGGCCUGCGCUGAGCGGGGCACAGGCGCCGCUCCCGCCAAGCGUUGGCUCAGUUUUUUCCCUUUUAGCCUUCUGGCGACCUGCAGAAUUCGGCGCCUGCAGGCUAAAAGGGAAAAAAAACAAUUGAGGGAAGGUAGGGCUCUUAAAAAUAAUAACAAAAGGGGAAAGGCUAGACUCCAAACAUAAGGGAACAAAGUCUUGACGGAGCACCAAAACAGGAAUCCAAAAAAUAUAUAUUGUGUGUUUAGUGUUGACAUUGAAUGUGAUGUUAGUGGCAACUGGUGAGCCAGUAACAGGAGCUAUGAGCUCUUAGACAUUAACAUAUGAUUGGGAUCCCAUGAACACCCAAGUUGGGUGAGAUGCAGCUACUUCUGUGAUAUCAAAACGAGCAAAUAAACACUUGGGGCAAGCUAUACCAGAAGUCACAGGGUCAAGCAAGAAGGCCAGUGUUAAUAGUCAUAGUGCAUUGUUAUUUGGGGCGGCUGCAACCACACUGGUUUACACAUUAACCUUAACUUGCACGCUCCACUGUCUGCACACUGCACCGCCAAAACUCCCAACACGCUCUUUCUGCUGCCUAGAGUGCUUGCAUUGUUACCAGGUAGAUGCUUACACGGUUUUUGUUUUCAAGCGAGCCCCAUUUGAUAGGCAGCCAACACUCACAAACACAGCCAGAGUUUGCAGAUUGAAGCCAUUUAAUCCCAUUCGCACCAAAUCGUGGAUUUUCUAUGCAGUAUGAACAUGGGGCUCCCCGCUUCAAGAGCUGCCGUAUUUGUUUUCCUAGGGAUGAUGCCUACAAAUGUCUUGUUUUGCUAUGUGACAAACUGAGACACGUGUUGUGAACAUUUAUUAUACCUUAAGAGGUUUGUAUCUUUCUGACUUGCCAUUCAUGGACGCCAGCCUGUAACCUUGCCAUAUCUUUGCACCAAAAGGGGGUGAAAAAACCACAAUUGCAUUUACGGUAAAGUAGUCCUUACAUCUGUGUAGCUGGAGUCUGGCAGUGUAGCCUUGAAACAUAUAUGAAGGGUUCUGUUUUAUCUCCUCCUUUCCCCCAAUUUUAUCGAUAUUGAACUGUGAACAGCCGUAGGAAUAUGUCGUUUGUAUACUUCUGUUUUGUGGGAUUUUGUGUUGUUAUUUUUUUAAGGGGAAAAAAAGUUUGCUGACUGCCUUAAAACUUUUUAGGUUUAGUAGUUUCUUCUAUUCAUUUCCUAUUUUGAAAGUAUCCUAUGUUUUUAGCAGAAUGACUUUGUAACCGACUUACAGUGUUAAUAUAGCGCUAUAUAUAUAUGUUAUGUAUCCGUCCAUUAGACUUUUUGUUAACACUUUUCGAUGUCAAAAAUGGUUUGGUUUUUCCAAGCACACCAACAAUCGGCA